AUGAGUUCCACAAGCAACCCAGUCGCCUCAAUCACCAACAACUCUGGUUCUUCUGUAGACAUAUAUGAUGUCUUCAACCCUAGCACCGACCCCAAGAUGCAGGGGCCGUUGACAUACACCAAACUGGCCACUGUGUCAAGCGGCAGCACCCAGCAGGUGCAGACAAUUCACUUUGCCAGCCAGCUUCAGGCCAUGUUCACCGGCAACGUCACAGCACUGAGCGGUACCUUCUACCAGCAGUUCCCUGUGGCUGUCCUGGCAGUCUCCCCCUUCGCUGAUUCAAACGCCUUCACUGUUACCAGUGACAAUCAGCAGAGCAUGGUGGACUCAUUCAAGUUCAUCAAAUACACCCAGGCGAACCCAUCUUCGCAGCUGGCCACGCAAUUCCGCACAGCUCUGGGUGACACGACUAACCAGAAGACUGCGGUCAACAAGUUCUUUCAGAGUACUGGUAGUUUCAAGCUGUGCACGCUUAGUACCUGGACUGCGGUCUUCACUUGGCAAGCCCAGUUCACAAACCCCUGGCAGGGAACCUACUACCUCUACAGCCUUGACAAAGUCCCUGCUUUGGUUGCGACGCUGGCCAUUACGGCUAGCGCUGACAAUAGCUCGGCUGUGCUGACCAUGGCUGGUACGAACAACGAGAACACUGCGGUAGUCAUGGCAGGUGAUGGUACCAUGUCGGAGCAGAAUCAAGGCACAGGCAACUUGUCCGUUGCUCUGACACCCACUUGGCUUAAUGUCGCCCAGACCAGCCAGCAGGAUGGCAAGACCGUGUCCAACUAUGUCAUCGGAGCUGCUUUCACUGGCACCAUCAAUGGGCAGAAGGUAGCUGGCAAUCUUAACCAGCUGGCCAUCCCAGAUCCCUCUGAUACCUCCAAGAAUGCCAGCAACAAGAACGCGGCCAAUGGGUUCUCUCUGAACAUGCUCGAAGGCUUGAUUGGAAUGCUGACCAGCAUCGGUAUGCUGUACUACAUGGCCAAGGGCCACAAACAGGCCGAGACCCAGAAGAAGAACGAUGUCGAGAAGGACGCGACUAGCAAGAAGGAUGCAGAAAACAAGGUUGAAAAGGUUGAGAAGGACUAUCAGGCAGAGUCCGUCCCGGAGGUUCAGAAACAGGCUGAAAAGGUUGAACCCACUGUGUCAGAGGUGUCACAGGGCUAUAAGGAGGUCAAUCAAGCUCAAGAUAUCCAAGGCAAGACCGACACCAUCCGCCAACAGGAGCAAUCUCUAGAGGAAGUCUUGGAAGGCGGUGCCCCAUCCGAAGCAACCGAGAACACGGCCGUCAACCUCUCCAAGGCCAGCAACGAAGUCUCUCAGGCAACAGACCCGAGCAAGAGCCCAGAGGAGCGUGACGCAUCUCUGAAGGAUGCCACGACGACUCUGAAUAAGACGAGUGAGGAUAUCCAGACCGCGUUGAAGAAUGAAGCUGAGGAGCUUCCUAAGGAGGAGGCGCAGAAGCUGGAGGAUGCUAGUGAGGCGAUUGAGCAGACGCAGAAGGAGGCUGAUGCUGAGAAGGAGGUUCAGGAGGAGCAGGAGAAGGAGAAUGAGGAGAGUCCGGAGAAUGAGGUGGAGGACUCUACUUUUGAUCCGCCUGAGGGACGGGAGGCACCUCCUUUUGAGGGAGGGAUCUGA